AUAGUUAUUUCUUAAACAUGAGCUGCUUGUGGAUAGUCUUUAGUAACUUCCUGUUUAGUGUAAUAAAACACAGGUAGAAGCAAACACCUGUGCCUUUUAUUAUGUGGAGAACGGCAAGUAGGGGGAACUGAUGCAACAACUUUGUUCCUUAAAUUAAGCAACUUUGCUGCUUAAAUUCUUUUCUCAUCGCUACCUUCAUUCAGUGAAUUCAGACUUCUGUAGACUGUCAAGUUAGAGGACCUCAGGCAACUGAAUCAAAGAUUUUUUUAGUUAUGAAUAAGGCUGCCAUGUUCAGCAGCUGUGAUCUUACUGUGUGUAACCUUCUAGGCUGUGAGGACAGCACUUGUUGGGAAAUACAGAUCGGAAGUGUCCUGCUUUUAGUAGUAUAUGUUAUAUAACAAAUAGCGUGUGUGUGUAUUUAAAAAAAAAUAGCAAAUACAUAUAACUACUUUCCUAGAUCACAAAUUUCCAGUAUCCAAACCCAGCAACAAGGUCCUGCCUUGUGCUUUACACCUUCCUCGUGCUUAACUGUUCAUGGCAUAAGCCUAUUUCAGUUGCAAACCUUGUAGAAAGCUAGUUAGCUUGUUUAGUUAGGUUACUUUCUGGUUACCAAGUUGAAUGAGCUGAACACAAGAUGAGAUGCAUACCAGAACAAACACGAGGUGGGAUUGGUGCAGCUCAUCCAGAAGAAGAGGCAAAAGACGGGGGCAGGAGGUCUCAUUUAACACUAGUGAGCUGUAAGAUCAUUUCCAUCUGUACCAUAAAGCUUUGUUUUCCCAAUGUACCAAACUAGACUGGCUACAACUUGAAUGUGGGCUGCUGCUGGGUGUUUACUAAAUUAGGGUGUAGACAAUUAAGAAGCUGAGUAAUGAAAAGUUUCCAGAAAUCACUUGGUUGCAACCUUUUUGGAAAGGACUAGUUUGGAUUAACUUGAUUUUCUUUUGGAAGUAAAUGUUUUACAUUUCUGUUUUUAUCCUUUAAUGAAAGUACAGAUUUUUCUCUGUAAAAACUGUUUACAUUAAUGAAGUUUUAACUUCAGACAGGAAGGUUUCUGUGUUAUGAAGAAAACUUUUUAUAUUUAGGUCACAUGUUUGGAACUUUCUUCUGUUGAACUGGGAUAGAAAGGCAAAUGUGUUGAAUAUGGAAACUUUUUUCCCCAGGAUGAAAAUUUGUGUCUUUUGGUUCUAAUUACGAGCCCUGUAACAACUUCAUACUUUGGCUUGGUGUGGGUUUUAAGAAAAAUGAUUGUAUCUGACAAAGCUAUAAUCUUAUAUGUAUGUAUUCCAUGACUGACUGUGUUUUCUUUCCUCCUAGCUAUCAAAAAACAAUUGGUGCAUGAUUUUUGGCUGUGUACUCUCAAAUGUUCCAACAGGUGACUUUUAUAAAUUUGAGUAAGCACGUAUUGGCUGAGGCCAGAGUUGACACUAUUAUAAAGGUAUGUCAAACAAUUUUAAAGAUUAAAAGGUUGAUAUGAUUAUAGAAACGCAUGAUACAAAGACAUCAUACUGUACAACAUGUAACAGUAAGCUAUGUGCCUUAGUAUGGUCCAGUCUUCUGGGAGCUUUUUUAAUGUGGGCCCAUCUCUUUCUUUGUAUCUGUUUACCAUGUUUGAACUGUAGGAAGCCUGUGAUGGUCCCCUGAGUAUCAAAGGCAUAAGAUAGUGUACUUCUAGAAUAGUUUAUCCAGCAGUAAGAAAAAUAAGGAGUUGCCUGCUACAGAGUAAAGAAGUGUAACAGGUGAUGCUGAGAAAGCCAAUGUUUAAUGCACUUGCUUCAGGCUUAUCUUUAUUGCAGGAUAAGCUGCAAUUGCAGCUGACCCCAGAAACAGAGGUGUAGGAACUCCCCUUAGAGGAAAAUAAUAAUACUUACAGAAGUGCUAAUUGAAAAGCAGAUGAAAUUCAACUACAGCUUUUUUGCUUUACCUGGUUCUUAGUCUCAGAACCACUGUGACUUUUUGUGUAGUCAGGUGAAGUCCCUAAAAAAGGGUGAUGGUGGGGUAGUCUAAGACACUACCUGCAUCUAAAGGAGUUGGAUAAGAACCAGUGGAGAACUAGAGACCAUUUGCAAAAAGGUUGUAACAAAGAUGAACUAUUUUGUAAGCUCUUAGAGGAAAAAGUACCAAGGUGAUAAAGGCCAGUGUGGAUUUUUUCAAAACCAAAUUGACAAGCAGUCAAAUCUCUGUUUAUGACAAGGUAUCAAGUCUUGCGGCUUUGGGAGAAACAGAUAUGUCUUUGUUUUAAUGAGGCUAAUCUAAUGAUACUAUCCUUGUAAAAUGCAAGGAAAAUGUUUCUCUUAAUACCAUAAAGUUGGUGGAAAACAAAGUAGUUUCAUGGAUCACUGUCAAACCAGAAUGAUGUCUAGACUGAGGGGUCUCUGCAGGGUUCUGUCACUAAUUUCGACUUAAGUGAAAAGUUAAGGCUAUGCGAUAUUAGCAGCAGAUGGUACCGAGCUGGGAAUUGCUGCCAGCAUGUUGGAAAACAUAGUUAGGGUUCAGCAUGAUUUAAACACACUGGAGACUCAGUCUAAGGAAAAGUAUGCGUUUCAAAUGAGGACAAGAUCCAAGGUCCUCCAUUUAAUGGUAAUCAGUCAUACAAGUAAACAGUGGGGAGUAGAAAGAACUUUGUGCAAAGGAUCUGGCGGCUGUUGUAGUUAACAGAAUUGCAUCCGAUUUGUUACCUUAGUGUUGCAAACAGGUCAGAUACAGAGGCAUAAGCAGGAUAACUUUCCAUAUAUCAUAUGACAGUUCUUCACUCUAGGUUUAGGCAUUCCACCUCAAGAAAAGGUAGAAUACCUGGGGAGUGUAUAGAGGAAAGUAAAGAGAACAAAGUCUUUAAAACUUUUUUUUUCACAAAAAGAUUCAGUAGUUUUCUUAAAGAACAGAAGACUACAGGAAGAAGGAAGAAUUGUGUUCAAGCAAGAUAUAAGAAAAGAGGAAAGUGGUGUUCACCAUAACCACCCUAAAGAUAAAACCAGCAGUAAUGGGUUUAAAUGGCCACAGAGAUGAUGUAAAUGGGCACUAGAAAAAAAUUGUGAAUUGCUCAAUAAAAUUGCUUAGGGAGCUUGUGGGAUUUCCAUUUUCAGCAUGCUUUUUAAAGAACAGAUUAACUACAUCUGGACUAUGCUUUUUUAAUCUAGUUCUGAGAAGGUGGAUUAGCUGAAUUAUUGAGCUGCUUUCCAACCAUUAUUUUCUAGGAUUAGAAAAUCCUAGAAGAGUUUCACAGUACAAAGAAAGCCAGAGUAUACAAAUUAAAAAGACGACAUUUUGGUUAGUAGCAUCAGGUCCAUGUUAAUCAUUAUCUUCUUUUGUGAUAAUGGCUCUUGCUCUCAAAAUAGCACAUCCAUACACCCUCAUUUCCACUCCCUUCUCUUUGGAGAAAAGUCAUAUUGCAUACCAGGGAGAAAAAUACUUUCAUAAGCCUUCUGACCUAAACCUUCUAAUGUGCUUCCACUUUAUAACUCUAAACAUCUUACAGUUGAUAAGCUAAGUAUGUAGUGGCAGCUGCAAACUUCCAGAAUCUCCUUUCUUCCCCAGUGUCAUAUAAAAUUGCUUUGGGUGCAAGGGAGAAAUCGCACUCAUCCAAUCAUGGUAAAUUCAAUAUCAAAAUCUGAGAUUUCAGACUGCUCUGCUCAUUACUCUAAUUUAGAAUUAAGAUAUGAAAUAAAACAUCCACUCAUUAGCAGAUACUGGCUUUUAUCUUGCAUGUCCUGUUUGCUGAGACUAGCAAUUAAGAUGCAGAAAAAAGAGGCAAUAUAGUCUGGUAGCAGGAAUUCGGGCCUAGGAAACGGAACUGUCAGCAUUUUUAUCUCUGAUAUGGUAUUGAAUUAUGAUUUGCUGAAGGGCAUGUUUAAGUUGGUGCCUUGUUUUCCACAAGCAGCACAUAAUGCUGUAAGGAUCAGUCCUUGUCAACAGCUACAGAGGUGGAAACUCUUCAGAUGCUCAUCUUUCUUUCUGCAUUAAAAGUUAAUACCUAACAGCAGAGAUCUUCACUGCUGGAUUCUUAGGUUGUGUUUAACUUUUUCUGUUACAGUAUCUUCAGGUUAUAGAACAACUGUUUAAAACUUCAGUAGCUUAAAAAUACCCACCACAGUGGAACUUACUAUGAUGUAUGUUCCCCCCCUUACGUUUGCUGCAUUAAAAAAAUGCAGCCUCUUCUCCUUCCUCUUCCCUCCUCACUACUGCUGAAGAUAGCUCCUUUCUGAAAGACUCCAGGCAUAGUACAGUUGCUUAGAUCUGAUUGAGAUUUAUAAAGUUACCUUGCAGUAAAGCUCACUGAAUUUGAAUGUUAUCCGAGGAAUCCCGGUUAUGUUGCCCUGCCUAGCUUUUCUAGGUGGGGAGGUUGUUUCAGGCUAAAAUGAGGUGACUUUCGGAAUUGUUACAGCAACACAACCUUCCUAUGGUUGGGAGGCUGGGGGCCAUACUGGUAUAACUUAAUUCUGUUUUAACAAACUGUAAGUGCUGAACAGUGAGAUAUGAUGUGGGGUCUUGAGGGCAGAGAAAUACCUUUUUCAGUCUGGUACAAUCAGACUGGAAUCCCUGUGGGCUGCUUUCUCCAGGUGUGUGUUUUAAGUUAGGCCUCCACUGAAGUUUACAUUUAAAUUUGUUAUUACAGUGUCACCCUACAGGGUUUAUAGUUCCCUCAGUGAAUUCUAUUUGAGAGGACUGACAUCACUUUUUAAAAAGGUUAUGUUUAGGUCUGGUUUCCACAGCAUAAGUUGCCAUGGAUAUGUCAGGUUCUUAAUGUUUGUUUACAGAGAAAUGAGGUAGAGAAGGUUCAUGAUAACUAUUUUCAAAUUAAUAUUCCGCAUCCAGAUGAUGCUUUUCUUACUGGGAAUUCAACUGGCCAGUGAACAUAAAUUCUACUUUCUACUUUGAAAAUGGAUUAAGUGCACUUUGGAAUGUGUUAACACAGAUGAGUCUGUGUGCAUCUUUAUUUUGCACUAGUUUGUUAGUCCUCCAGGUGCAUUUCUGGGUCACUUUUCUUUCUCUGCAGGAAAAUAAGCCUGCUUGUUUUGUGUGCCCUGCUGUACUUUGGCAUCAUGUUAAUCUGUUAAUACUAUUGUGUAUCAGCAUUUAAAAGUGAAGACACUAUAAGACAAGGAACUGGGGACCGGAGCAUUGCUGCUGCAAAAUCUGCUGUUUCACGCAUCUUCAUGAAGCAAGGAAAGAUCCUAGAUUCUCUAUGAUCUGCAAAAAGUGGGUAUCGAUUUUUUUUGUCUGGCUGCUAUAACAAGAAAACUAAAAAAACAAGAACAAAAAAGAAACCCCAUACGUAGACCAGCAGCCCUGGGACAGGCUACUUAUGUAACACAACACUCAAAGUAUGUUUCUGGUCUGUUCUUUGCCUUUUAAAACCAUCUGCUUUGCUCCUUCCUCACUGCUCUCUUACUAUUCUCUUCUCCCAAAGUAGGGAUCACACAAAUAGAUGAACCCCUUAAAUCCUCAUUCAAAACCGACUGCUGACUUUCAAACCCAUGCAAACUACCCACAGAGCAUGCCAGACCCUGCUGUUAAGUAACCACUAAGAAAAGUGGAGGAUUAAAGUAGAAGUCAAGUGUUAAUUGACUCCUCUUCUAGGUCGUGCAUAAGAAGAGGCAUGGAGAGAGGCAUGUUUCAGAGCUAAAGCAAAUGAACACUGUUACAGUGAAGAUACGAACAGGUGAUGGAAAUUGUCUUCUCAUCUCUUUGGGUGACUUUUCUCCGAGACAACGGAUUUCUUCGAAACUGCUGCUUCUAGAGAUGAAUCUCGUGUUGCUGGGCUAAUUCAGAAGAUUUAAUGAUUAGGAAAAUUGAGGAGCAAAGGAGAUAAAUAUAAAGGGAAGAGAGGAGGAAGAAGCAAAGCCUGGCGUUUUCUGGGAGCAGAAGGACGACCGUCUUAUCCAUGCUCUGGCUGAAGAGUAGUGAUGCUGCUGGUCACUGCUUGCGGUAACACUGCAGGUAGCAGCGUAGUGCAGCACUUGUGAAGACUGCUGUGUAAGGAACAUCACACGCCCAUCCAGAACGGGGAGCAUGGCUAUGAGCAGUGGCAGUGACUCUGUGGUUCUGAGCAACGGCAGCAUCUUGUCAAGCGCUACGAGCCCAGCCAUCGUCGCAGCUAAUGAUGGAGAUGUCGCCAUCCAGCAGCUCCCGUCCAAGGAAAUACCAAGAGCAAAAGCGAGUCCGAAUGGCUGCCUGCAACUUAAUGGUACAAUCAAACCAUCUUUUCUGCCUUUAGACAACCAAAGAACUCAGCAGAUGAUGUCGCAAUGCUGCCACCCUUGCCUAUACCAUCAUCCUUUAAGUAGCCAUAAUAAUAAGCAAGAAUGUCAUUCAGUGGUUGGCAGCUCAGCACCGUCUCCUAUGACUUCGUGCUGUAUGCAGCCACAUACUGAGUAUUCAGCAUCUAUUUGCCAAAAACAUACACCCAUAUAUCAGCCUGCCUGCUGUCUUCAGCCCUCACCAUCCUUCUGCCUUCACCAUCAAUGGCCUGAUCAUUUUCAGCAUCAGCCUGUGCAGCAACAUAUAGCCAGGAUAAGACCAGCCAGACCAUUCAAGUUACCAAAAAGCUAUGCGGCACUCAUAGCCGACUGGCCCGUGGUGGUGCUGGGCAUGUGCACUGUGCUGAUAGUGGUCUGCGCUCUGGUUGGGAUAUUAGUGCCAGAUCUUCCAGACUUCUCUGAUCCAUUGCUGGGUUUUGAACCAAGAGGGACGGCGAUAGGACAGAGACUGGUCACAUGGAAUAAUAUGGUGAAAAAUACAGGGUACAAAGCAACACUGGCAAACUAUCCUUUCAAAUAUGCAGAUGAGCAAGCUAAAAGUCAUCAGGAUGACAGAUGGUCAGAUGAUCACUAUGAAAGAGAGAAGAGGCAAGCAGACUGGAAUUUCCACAAAGAUACAUUUUUCUGCGAUAUUCCAAGUGAUCGCUAUUCACGAGUGGUAUUUACUUCAACAGAGGGAGAGAAUUUGUGGAAUUUGAAUGCAAUUAAGUCAAUGUGCAAUGUAGAUAACUUGAGGAUCAGAUCCCAUUCCCAGUUUGGUGACCUCUGCCAGAGAGCCACUGCUGCUUCGUGCUGUCCCAGCUGGACACUGGGCAACUAUAUUGCCAUUUUAAACAACAGGUCAUCGUGUCAAAAAAUUGUAGAACGAGACGUCUCUCACACCCUAAAGCUGCUUCGCACAUGUGCCAAAUACUACUACAACGGGACCCUGGGACCAGACUGCUGGGACAUGAAUGCCAAAAGGAAGGACCAGCUCAAGUGUACAAAUGUGCCUCGUAAAUGUACAAAGUACAAUGCUGUUUACCAGAUCCUCCACUAUCUAGUGGACAAGGAUUUUCUAAGCCCAAAGACAGCUGACUAUGUCUUACCAGCUUUAAAAUAUAGCAUGCUCUUCUCUCCAACUGAGAAAGGGGAAAGCAUGAUGAAUAUUUACCUGGAUAACUUUGAGAACUGGAACUCUUCUGAUGGUGUGACAACCAUCACGGGGAUUGAGUUUGGAAUAAAACAUAGUUUGUUUCAAGAUUACCUGUUGAUGGAUACUGUGUAUCCUGCCAUAGCCAUUGUAAUUGUUUUGUUAGUUAUGUGCGUAUACACGAAGUCGAUGUUUAUCACGCUGAUGACUAUGUUUGCAAUAAUUAGCUCCUUGAUUGUUUCUUAUUUUCUCUAUCGGGUAGUAUUUAAUUUUGAGUUUUUUCCAUUUAUGAAUCUCACUGCAUUGAUCAUUCUUGUUGGGAUUGGAGCAGAUGAUGCUUUUGUUUUAUGUGAUGUUUGGAACUACACAAAAUUUGAUAAACCUCACGCUGGAACUUCUGAGACAGUAAGCAUCACGUUGCAGCAUGCUGCUCUUUCCAUGUUUGUCACCAGUUUUACCACCGCUGCUGCCUUCUAUGCUAAUUAUGUCAGCAAUAUCACAGCAAUCAGGUGUUUUGGUGUUUAUGCUGGCACUGCCAUAUUGGUGAAUUAUGUUUUGAUGGUUACAUGGCUACCUGCUGUAGUUGUAUUACAUGAACGAUAUCUUCUCAAUAUUUUCAGUUGCUUUAAAAAACCUCAGCAGAGGGUAUACAACAACAAAAACUGCUGGACAGUGUUGUGCCAAAUGUUCCACAAGGUUAUUUUUGCAGUCUCAGAAGCAUCCAGGAUAUUUUUUGAAAAAGUUUUGCCGUGCAUUGUUAUCAAAUUUCGAUACAUUUGGCUUUUCUGGUUCCUUGCCUUAACCAUAGGUGGAGCAUAUAUUGUGUGUGUAAAUCCAAAGAUGAAACUACCAUCGCUGGAGCUCUCUGAGUUUCAAGUAUUUAGGUCUUCUCACCCAUUUGAACGCUAUGAUGCAGAAUACAAGAAGCUUUUUAUGUUUGAACGUGUUCACCAUGGAGAGGAACUCCACAUGCCAAUUACAGUAAUCUGGGGUGUCAUACCUGAAGAUAAUGGUGACCCUUUAAACCCUAAAAGUAAAGGAAAGUUGCAGCUGGAUAGCAGUUUUAAUAUUGCUAGCCCAGCUUCACAGGUUUGGAUUUUACGUUUCUGUCAGAAGUUAAGAAAUCAAACAUUUUAUUAUCAGACUGAAGAACAAGACUUCACGAGCUGCUUUAUCGAAACAUUUAAGCAGUGGAUGGAAAAUCAGGACUGCGAUGAGCCAUCUCUUUACCCUUGCUGCAGCCACUGGAGCUUUCCAUACAAACAAGAAGUUUUUGAGUUAUGUAUCAAGAGGGCUAUAAUGGAGUUAGAAAGAAGCACAGGGUACCAUUUAGAUAGUAAAACCCCAGGGCCUCGCUUUGACCUAAAUGACACUAUCCGGGCAGUGGUGUUGGAGUUUCAAAGCACCUACCUCUUCACGCUUGCUUAUGAGAAAAUGCACCAGUUCUACAAAGAGGUGGACUCCUGGAUUUCGCAUGAGCUUAGUUCUGCUCCUGAGGGUCUCAGCAAUGGCUGGUUUGUGAGUAAUUUAGAGUUUUAUGAUCUUCAGGAUAGUCUGUCUGAUGGUACUCUGAUUGCCAUGGGCCUUUCAGUUGCUGUUGCAUUUAGUGUAAUGCUUCUUACAACUUGGAAUAUAAUUAUAAGCCUUUAUGCAAUAGUUUCAAUAGCUGGAACUAUUUUUGUCACUGUAGGUUCUCUGGUUCUUCUUGGAUGGGAGCUAAAUGUGUUAGAAUCUGUCACUAUUUCUGUGGCUGUCGGCUUAUCCGUAGACUUUGCUGUUCACUAUGGAGUGGCUUAUCGCUUAGCCCCGGAUCCUGACCGAGAGGGGAAAGUCAUCUUUUCUUUAAGCCGUAUGGGUUCUGCUAUUGCAAUGGCUGCAUUGACCACAUUUGUGGCUGGAGCAAUGAUGAUGCCUUCUACGGUGCUGGCAUACACGCAGCUGGGCACCUUUAUGAUGCUUAUAAUGUGCAUUAGCUGGGCUUUUGCAACGUUCUUCUUCCAGUGCAUGUGCCGCUGCCUUGGGCCCCAGGGCACUUGCGGCCAGAUUCCACUACCAAAAAAAUUGCGAUGCAAUGCCUUCUCUCAGACCUUUUCAGAAGGACAAGGAGGUAGAGGACAAAAUAAAUCACAUCCAGUGAGUAAAUACCAGCUGGACUCCAGAAAUCAGAAACCAGAAAUGGAGCAUGAGCACUAUGAGCUGGAGCCUCUGGCAUCGCAAACCAGUAACUGUAACCCUGUGGAGAAAGUGACUUACGAAGAAACUCGUAUCUGCUCAGAACUCUUCAGUAGCAGGCCCCAACACACAUGUAUGCCUAUGCAUUCAGCAUAUAAUAGCGAAGUGAACAAAAGCAUACAGAAAGUUGCUAGUUCAGCUAUGUUACAGUCUGUUGACCAACAUACCAUAUGCCCGCUUUUCUCUCAAAGCAGACAGUGUAGCUGUCCUGAUGCAUAUAAGCAAGUAGCAGUGAAGUGGAGCCCGCACUCCUGUCAGCAGUUAAGUGAUACCUUCUGUUACCAGUGCGCUCCUUUGUCUGGAACGGUGCAGCUCCAAAACGCUGUGGCUCCCGUAAAUGCUUUGCAGCAGGCUCCAGAGGGGUACGUGCACCCAGUCCAGCACGUCCUCCACUGCGGUUGCCUUCAAGGAAGACUCAGAAGAACGAUGACGCAGAACUCUCUACCUAAAAAUUUUUUCCUCCAGUCAGUGCAACAGUUUCAGGCACAUCAAAGAAUAAAUAGGACAGAUUCAUGUGGUCAUCAAAACCCAGAGGAAAACAUAAGAACUCUUCCAGAGGUGACGAGCCCCUCACAGUUUCUCUGCCAAAACGUGGGGCCUCUAAUAAUGCAUUGCUCUGAAUGUGAGAACAGUGUAUCAAAUAACCAAAAGGGACUCUGUCAGAAGAAAGACAAGUGUGAUGGAAAGGGUGGUACAGAAAUAAAUGGGGUUGAAAGCAAGAAAGCCUCUAUGUCAAAGCAGAAGAAGAAAGCUGAGAGCAAAACCGAUCAGCAUUCCUUGCAGAACGAGCAGGUUUCCAAGGCUGACCAAAACGAUCAGAAACACCUGCUGAGUAGGUCAGGGAGAGAGGCUUGCUAUGAGGGUUGCCAUGAAACCUCACACUGUUGUAGCAAGGCUGUAACGGUGAAGUGCAAUUCUGUUGACUGUCAAAUGCCAAACAUCGAAGCCAAUGUGCCUCCUCUGUUAAUGCGCCCAGAACUUUCCAAUGAAAGUUUGUUAAUAAAAACGCUAUAAUAAAUCUUUAA